AUGCAGUAUCUCGCGGAGUAUCUGCCUAGGAUCGGCGUAAUGCUAAUAGUGGUUGCGGGAGAGGCUGGUGAGGUUGAACUGGGAAAAUUGGGUGGGCAUAGGUUGACUGUCACAGUAAAUGGAGCGGCCGAGGUGAUCGAAUUGCCCUGUGAGGUUGAUCCGCUAGCGCGGCCGCGUAUUAGACACUCCGAAGGUGCAUUUGAGGUCCGGCUGAAGGCGGUGAAUGGGACUGAGGGCCGGGGCGCGGACUUCACUAUGCUGGCUGCAGAGGACGGGUGGGGGCGAAAAGACCUGGCGCGUGCUGAACUGCGCUGCGCGGCGUGCGACGGGCUGCUGGUUACGGGCGAAGCAUGCAGGCGCGUGAGCGCGAUGCCCUCCGAGUUUUGGACGGAGCUGAUGGACUACUGGCACUGCCACAAGCCUGCGGACGAGUCUGCGGGCGCACAGCAGUACCUGACGAAAUAUAACGCGCUGCUGCCUGCGGACGGGGAGCUGCUGGUGGGGGACACAUUCGUCACGGUCGGCGAGGGUCUGCUGUCAGAGAAGCUGGCGAUGAGUGGCACGGCGGUCCUGUGCAAGGCAUGCAGAGCACCACUGGGUGCAGUGACUCGGGAAAAGCUGCUGCGGCUGCACAAGUGGAAUCUGGUACAGGUGCGUUCCGAUGGCAGUCGCAAAAAAUACCGGCAAGCCUCUGCAGUUGUCGCGGGACUGUUGAGCGCACUGAAUUCGCAUGCAGCGCGCGUGGUACAUCUCAGGGCCGAACGUGGCUCGCAGAUCGCGUUGUGGGUUUUCAAUGUGGGAUUAGAUGUGUCUACUGCCGAUGGUCUGAUCCGCUGCGGGCUCAAGAUCUUAUAUACGGACGAUGUCGAGUCUGUUACGCAUGCACCGAGCGGCAGGCAGCAUAUAGAAUCGAUGACCAUGCCUGACGCAUGCUUCGAUGACUUUGUAAAACGGUUGGAGACCACAAACGCGACAUUGCCGCUGAGAUGUGGGAAGAUGGGUAACUGGAACGUUAGUUACAUAAGCAUGCUAUAA